GCGCGCAGCGCGAAGCCGCCGGAGGUUUGAAAGUGGUGGCGGCGGUGGCGCCGGAGCGUGUGUGAGAGAGGGGGGGGCGGUGGCGUGGCGACGCGCGGCCCCGUCCCGCGGCCCCGAUGUCUUCGUCUUCGUCGCAGCGGCCUGGGACGGAGAAUAUGUUGAAUUGUUUUAAAAGAGAGUACAGAGCAAGAUUCUGCCAUGGAAGAGGAAAUAAGAUUGCUGUAGAGCCAGGUCAAAAUGUACUGAAACUCAUCGAGGACUGUUUCGAAAGUUGUGGCAAUGAUCUUACAAUUACCUCUUCAAGUCCAACCAGUUGCUCAACUCCUAUUGUCAGAAAUGAGAGCAGGGCUUCAAGGUCAACGGCAGGGUUAGCUAACUCUGUGAAAAGAGCCUUUAAUUCUUCAGAGCCCUUACCUGCAUCACCACUAAAACCAGUCAACAGCAGAGCAGAAUCCUCACAUGAAUCACCUCUGAAGCCUGUAAUAUGUGAUUAUGUAGCUGAUUCUAAAACCCCAGAGUCUCCAGUGCCUACAAGAAAAACAAAUGAUAUAUUAAAAGAUGUUGAAGCACUAUGCACAAGUCCUGCCAUGUCUUUGGACCCUGAAGAUGAUCAUGGGUCUCUUGUAUCUCCCCCACUUCUUGCAGAGGAAGCAAAAGGUCCUCCUGUACACACAUUACACUUUGAUGACCAAAAUACUCCUGCUGCAGUGAAGAGCCACAUGGAAGUUGAAAAUUUGGAAGGACCUCAGAGUGGGAGAGAUGAGCGGGUUGUUCUCAUGAAUGGAACAGAAUGUACUGCUACAUCUUCUGUAGAGAAAAGGAAGCCUUUCUCUUCACUCAUCUUAGCAGCUGUAGCAGCAGGAACGCUUGGAAAAAGGUGUUCAGCCUCAAUAUCACUGCUGUCACCUCCUCCUGUGGAACAUCAAGAUAUAGAAAAUGAAUGUGAUUUUUUCAUUGAGGAAUCACAUGAUGUAUCUUUUAAUUCUUUCUUUUCAAUACCCCGUAAGAACAAAAAAUCAAGAAAAGCUAGCUCUGCAACUCCUGUUUCUAAGUUUCAGCCCUCUGAAAAGAACACAGAGGGGAAGAAAGGCAAGAACAGAAAAGUACACAUUGAAGCACUUACUAAACAGAAAAUGGAUGAUUUGAACGUCAGAAUACAUGAAUUGAAAGGAACAUCAGAAUCAGAUUCCGUCUCUGACCGUGAAGGAAAGGUUCUUAAAUCUCAAAGGCAAGACGUGACUCAUAGGGAAAAGGAGAAGACACAGGCUAAGAAAGGCAAGAACAGAAAAGUACAUGUUGAAGCACUUACUAAACGGAAAAUGGAUGAUUUGGACGUCAGAAUGCAUGAAUUGAAAGGAACAUCAGAAUCAGAUUCUGUCUCUGACAGUGAAGGAAAGGUUCUUAAAUCUCAAAGGCAAAACAUUACUUGUAUGGGAAAGACUAAAAAAAAUGCACUUAAACAAAGCUCUCCAAACAAGGAAAAGGACACAUCCUGGAAACCAGAAGCCAGAAAACCUAUGUUGUCUCAAUCUGGAUUGGAAACAAAAGCAUGUGAUGCAGAACAAUGUAAAACAAUGGUGAUGCCAAGUGAGGAUUCACUUAUGUCCUCAGCUGGGCACCAGCAAGAGCGGACUCCGUCUCCAAAAAAGAAUCUCAAGUCUGCCAAGAAUCCGUGGUCAGCUUCAAAAGCUUCUCAGUAUUUAGUUCACAAGAAACAAUCUGUUAAGCAGAAACAUCCAAGAGAUACAGUAGCUAAGAAACUGACAGGAAGUCCAAGGAAGAAGCUUAAAAAACCUGGCAAGAAAAGUAGUGAUAGAAAGCCUCGGUUACAAACAGAAGAGAUUUCUCACAGGGUAUACAGUGAAGAAGAGCUUGAAAGCGAGCCUGUAAAAUUGGAUGAAGUGUUUACCUCACCCCUGCAUCAGAAAUUAGAGACUUCUGUGAUUCAGAACUUGGCUAAGUCUGAAAAGCCUAAAAAUGUAUUGCAGACAUUGGAGUCCCUUGGUGAUGCAAAUAACAAAACUCCUGUAAAAGCACUACAGCAUCUCACAGACAGUGUGAAGAAUUCUGCAAAGAAACAGUUGUCAGCUAAGUCUUCAGGAAAGAUACCCAAAAAGAGUCACUGCAGAAACAGUGAAGGUGUUUGCUCAGGCCCUGAGGACAAUGAGUCUCAAAUGGAUUCUGACAGCUCUUCUGUACAGAAAAUUACAAAGGAAAACCACAAGUUAUCAGAUGUGAAAAUAAAAAGUAACAAAAGAAAACGUAGUGCACAACACGGAUUACAAGAUUCCUUUGCAGCUGUGAAGCCUACAUGUCAUGAAAGCGGGCUUAUUCUAGAACAUUGCGAUAAAUUUGCUUCCAGAAGUCAGUCUUGCGAACAGGAUAAUGUAUCUUCAGAUAGUUCUGAAGGUUUGGACAGUCAAAUACAACAUCUGUUGUCAGACAACUUGACAAGACAUAAAAUAGUAAUGCCUUCCAACACCCCUAAUGUUCGUCGGACAAAAAGGUUACGACUGAGACCUCUGGAAUAUUGGCGAGGCGAGCGUGUGAACUAUACGAUGAGGCCUUCAGGAGGGCUUGUGAUUAGUGGAAUAGUGUGUCCAGAACCAGAACCCCGCAGGAAGAUUAAACGGAGGAAGGAUGGUCAUAAGUGGAGAAGGGAUGAAACAAGACAUGAGAUACCUGCAAAUUUGGAUCACAGCCUAGCUGAUACUUCUAAGCCAACUGUUGUAAUGGACCCAGUAACAAGUGAGGAAGUACUUCUAGAAUGUGUUAACACUGAAAGGAAUCACGCAUGCUUCUUCAAAGAUGAAUCGGUAGAAAUAUAUAAAAAUUUGAAUACAUCUGCUUUUGCCACUGGUAGAUUGAUUUUGAAACCAUUUAAAGAAAAGGGACAUCAGUUUGUCCACAUGGAUACAAUAGCUUUCCAUAUUAUCUGUGGCAAAGUUAUUGUUACCUUACAUAAGACAUCAUAUUAUCUGACUACAGGGGACUUCUUCUAUGUUCCAGCAGGAAAUGGAUAUAACAUACGUAAUCUUCUGAAUAAAGAAAGUGUUCUUCUCUUCACACAACUCAAAAAAGACAGACCAAAACCAAGCAGCACGUUGGAGACAUAGCUCUGCCUGCAAACUGAAGAUCAUCUGCUGCAAAUGAGUUCUAGAGAACACUGUUAACUACCAUCCGACUGGCAAUACACCCCAGCUUUAGGGGCAUGUUGUUUCAUUGAUCUUAAAAGGUAUUUCUCCAGUGUAAAUUGUAUAUAUGUGAUUUGCUACAAAUUAAUUUUGUAUCAAUAAAUAUUAAUGCAAAUAA